AAUCUUUUGUUCAAUUAACAACAAGUGUGAAGUGUGGUGCGCCGAUUGCUGGAAAGGAUAAGCCCAACUUUGGAUUACAUUACUGAACCAAAUAAUUGCAAUACAACAUGAAAAGCUUCGCUCUCUGUCUGAUCGCUGCUGCUCUGCUCUGCCUGGUGGACGCAGCUCCCAAGCCCCAACAGGGAGAGCCGAUUGCGAUCAUCAGCCAAGAAUCGAAUAUCGAGCCGGAUGGAGCCUACAAUUACGCCUAUGAAACGGCCAAUGGUAUCAAGGCUGAGGAAACUGGCACUGUGAAGAAGGCCACCUCUCCGGACACCACGGAUGUGAUCAUUGUCAAGGGUUCCGUGUCGUAUACUUCGCCUGAAGGCGAGCUCAUUACCUUAAACUAUGCGGCCGAUGAUGAGAAUGGAUUCCAGCCACAGGGCGCACAUUUGCCGACCCCACCACCAAUUCCGCCAGCGAUCCAGAAAGCGCUCGACUAUCUGCUCAGCCUGCCGCCAGCACAGCGUCGUCGUUAGGUAGAUCCCUUUUAGAAGGAUAUGGAGGUGGAAAUGACAAUAUGCGAACGAUACUCUGAUACUCUACACACAAUAAAGCAAUUUGCUGCUAGCCCGUAUAUCAUCAAUCAAUACCUUAAAGCGAACACCAACAUCGAGCAGCUGACUGAAGAACACAACCUGCACACACGCGCACACACACAUCA